UUACCAUUAAAGAGGCUGGAGACACCAGUCAAGUCAGUGUCAGUUAACUGCUCUGUCCCUUUACUUGUCUGCUGAACUAAGAAGAUCCUGCAUCAGUAUGUCGGAAAUACUUAAAAGCAGUGAAGAGAUACGCUCCCUUGCGGAGAAAGUGUUUGCCUCAGAGGUUCUUGAUGUGGAAAGUAAGACAGAAAUAUCCCCAUUUGAUGUUACAGAACACGUACCCAUUUCACACCAUGAAAUGACAGAACAUUUAAUCAAAAUGGAUACAAAGGAGGCACAGGAAAAAAGGAAGAAACGACUUGAGCGCUUCAGGUCAAUUGCUCUUAAAGUGCCUGCAAUGGAGUCAAAUGAAGUUUCCAAGUCUGAUGCAGAAAAGUCUCUUCCACUUUACUUGACUGUGCCCGAUUUUCAGAAAGUACAGAUCACGGGAGAUUUUGCAUCAGGGGUGAGCAUUGAUGACUUUGACAUUGCUGGAAAGGGUAUUUAUCGGGCUCUAAGUAUUCGAGAGAAAUACAUGAAGGAAUCAUUUCAGCGAUUUCCGAGGACCAUAGCCCAGCACCUGCGACAUAUUGAGGGUGGUGUGUGGAAUGAGGCUGAUGAAAUUUACCCAGUUUUCUCCCCCCCAAUCAAAAAUGGAGAAGACCCUUUUAGAACUGAUAACCUUCCUGCCGAUCUGGGUUAUCAGAUGAAGACGAAAAAUGGUGUGGUUUACAUUUAUCAAGAUAAAGAUGCACUUGCUAAGGACAAGCCUAAAGAUCUAAACUAUCCAAAUAUCAACACCUUUGUGGAUGACAUGAAUUUUCUAAUAGCCCUCAUAGCACAAGGGCCUGUUAAAACCUACAGCCACCGUCGCUUAAAGUUCUUAUCCUCCAAGUAUAAUGUGCAUGAAAUGCUGAAUGAGAUGGAGGAGCUAAAGGAGUUAAAGAAUAAUCCACACCGUGAUUUCUAUAACUGCAGAAAGGUGGAUACACACAUCCAUGCUGCAGCCUGCAUGAACCAGAAGCAUCUUCUACGCUUCAUAAAGAAAUCCUAUCGUGUAGAUGCGGAUCGUGUGGUGUACAAUUCUAAGGGCAAGAAGAUGACCUUGAAAGAACUAUUUCAAUCACUGAACCUUCACCCAUAUGAUCUUACAGUGGAUUCUCUAGAUGUCCAUGCUGGAAGACAAACCUUCCAGCGCUUUGACAAAUUUAAUGCCAAAUAUAACCCUGUUGGUGCCAGUGAACUGCGAGAUUUGUACAUGAAAACUGAAAACUUCAUUGAAGGGGAAUACUUUGCCACCAUCAUCAAGGAAGUAGGUUCGGAUUUGGAAGAUGCUAAGUACCAGUAUGCUGAGCCACGUCUCUCCAUCUAUGGAAGGUCCCCUGAGGAAUGGACUAAUCUGGCCCAAUGGUUUAACAAACAUAAAGUUUAUUGUCCAAACAUGAAGUGGAUGAUACAAGUCCCACGAAUUUAUGAUAUUUUCAGAGCUAAGAAUUUUGUACCAAAUUUUGGAAAAAUGUUGGAAAACAUAUUUAUGCCUGUGUUUGAGGCCACUGUCAACCCAAAUGCUAAUAAACAACUAAGUGUCUUCUUGAGACAUAUUACUGCAUUUGACAGUGUAGAUGAUGAAUCCAAACACAGUGGCCAUAUGUUUUCCUCUAAGAGUCCAAUGCCUCAGGAAUGGACUAUUGAGAAGAACCCUUCCUACUCAUACUAUAUCUACUACAUGUAUGCAAACAUAAGGGUCCUGAACAAAUUGAGAAGGGAGAGGGGAAUGAACACAUUUCUUUUCCGCCCACACUGUGGAGAAGCAGGUGCUAUAACCCACCUGUUAGCAGCUUUCAUGACUGCAGACAACAUUUCGCAUGGGCUGAAUUUAAAAAAGAGUCCAGUGCUGCAGUAUCUAUACUAUUUAACUAAAAUACCCAUUGCCAUGUCGCCUCUGAGUAACAACAGCUUGUUCUUGGAAUAUGCGAAGAACCCAUUGUUAGAUUUCCAUUCUAAAGGCCUGGUGGUAUCACUAUCAACCGAUGAUCCCAUGCAGUUUCAUUAUACUAAGGAACCUUUAAUGGAAGAAUAUGCUAUUGCUGCACAGGUCUUUAAACUCAGCACUUGUGAUAUGUGUGAGAUAGCAAGAAACAGUGUCUUACAGUGCGGUUUAUCCCAUGAGGAAAAAGUACGAUACCUGGGUGAAGACUACCGCAAGGAUGGACCCCUAGGCAAUGAUAUCCGCAAGACAAAUGUGGCCCAGAUAAGGAUGGCAUAUAGAUACGAGACCUGGUGCUAUGAGCUAAACCUUAUUGUCCAAGCCAUGAAAGCUGAAGAAUGAGAUUAUCUUUAGAGAGACUGAUAAUAUACAGUACAUAUGCAGUGUAAUUCUCCAGCCAAAAUGUCUGACCAACUAGUCAUUUCAUUAUGUAAAUAGUAGUAGCAUUCUCACCUUGCCAUAUACACACAACAUAGAACCAAGGCAGAAUACAAAGAACACACUUAGGUUAAACUAAAUGGCAAAUACGUAAAAAUAUAAUAUUGUUCAUUUAUAGCACAUGCAAUUAAUUUUACAUUUUAGCCUACUGGAGGUGUAUAAUUUGUUUAAGAAAAAUUAGGUUGGAGGGUGAUAUACACAAUACAAAAAUGUGCAUUGCAGAGAAUAGUAUAUACAGAAAUAUAAAAGUAUAACAAAAUUGUACCCCUUUACCAUCCAGCAAUAAAUUAAUUUCUAAUGCU